UAUUCCCACUCAAUAAAACGAAAAACAAAACAAAAAUUGAAGAAAUGUUUUUCCUUCACCACCUACGCGCACUUUAGCAGUUCCGCCUUUCUCUCUCCUCUCCGUCUAGUUUCUACUUUCUAGGGCACCAUUUUCGUCUAAUCCGCCAUUACUGUAAUCCUCCAAGCUUUCUCUUUCCUCUUUUCUUCUUUCUCUCUCUAAAAAUGGUGAGAACUGUAAAAUCUCAUCAUCAAGAAGAAGAAGACGAAGACGCCGAAGAUGUAGCUGCUGGUACUGACACCUCUUCUCACCGAGCAGAAGGGAAAAGUGCGGAGCAGAAACCUAACAGUUAUAGGUCUAAACAUUCUGAGACUGAGCAGCGUCGGAGAAGUAAAAUUAAUGAGAGGUUCCAGAUAUUGAGAGAUUUGAUACCUCCAAAUGAUCAGAAGAGGGACAAGGCGUCGCUGUUGCUAGAGGUUAUAGAGUACGUCCAAUUUCUACAAGAGAAGUUACAAGUGUAUGAAGGGUCAUAUCAGCAACAAGUAUGGUCUCAAGAGGCCACUAAAUUAAUACCAUGGAGAGCGAAUCAUGGGCCAGUAGACAACUUUGCCAAUCAUUCUCAAGCCUUGAAAAAUGGAUUUCUGGAAGAGAAUACUGCAGUUCAAUCCAUGACAACCAUGCAAGGCUCAGUGGAAUCAGACUUCAGUGCGGAAUUAGCCUACAGAGAUCACCCUGUUGGGUCGGUGAACCCCAUUGCUCCCUUCAACGUUCCAUUGCAACCAUGUAUUCAUCCUCCUAGUAGAGGUAUCCUGCCUAUUGAGAACCCUGCUUCCCAUCCCCAUGGAUCAUCUUCUGCUGAGGGUGCUGUGCUAGGAACUGAAGACAGGACAUAUGAAAGGGGCUCAAGUAGUGUUUCUGAUGUGUAUUCUCAAGGGCUACUUAAGAAACUUACCCAGGCUUUACAAACAUCUGGGGUGGACCUGUCACAGGCCGACAUUUCAGUUCAACUUGAUGUUGGCAAGGGAGAACCAACUCUAGAGGAUGUUGAUAAUCGAUCUUCAAACAAUCAUCCCAUGCCACACACUCUGGAGGUAAGUGCGAAGGAGCCUUAUCAAGCUGCCAAGAGAUUCAGGAUUGGAGAAAGCUAGUUAUAUUUCAAUAGUCAUUUAGGUUCUUUUCUACUGUGUGAUUAUGUUUGGAGAUCCGGCUCUUCUUUUUAGUGUUCAUUUGCCCUUUUUUGGCCAAGGGCAAAGAACCAAAUCGAGUUUAGAGAAGAGAUUUUGAGUCUAUUUUAACCACAUUGAUCCCAACCACCUGAUUGUAGAUCUCAUUGUACAUGUUCUUUUGUGGUAUGGGUUCUAAAACGAUGCUAAUUAUUAGUAUUUUUGGCUUGUAAAUCUUUCGCAUUCCCACAAUGCUUAUAAACAUGAUUUUUCGGCUUUGAUUUUUUUUUAAAAUGCUAGGUGUUCGAUGUAAUAUGGGUACAAAGUGCCAUUAUGUUUAGAUGAUGGAUUUUCUAAUGGUAUUAUGGCUGGUUUUUCAGCUGCUACCUUCACUUCAA